AUGAUUACGUUCUUUGAGCGUAAAUGCGAAACUCAGCUUGAGCGUCUGGAGGCCUGCUCUCGUCAUCUGAUAAAAGAAAACGGGCUUGAAGCCGGUCUCGCCUUUCCAACUGGUUGCUCGUUAAAUAACGUUGCUGCUCAUUAUACUCCAAACAAUGGAGAUACUACUGUUUUACAGUAUGGAGACGUUUGUAAGAUUGACUACGGUGUACAUGUACGUGGACGACUCAUUGACAGUGCGUUCACUCUUCAUUUCGAUCCACGGUAUGAUAAUCUGGUGAAUGCGGUCAAAGAAGCGACAAAUGCCGGAAUUCGUGAAGCUGGGAUAGACGUGAGGUUGUGCGAUCUGGGAGAGACUAUCGAAGAGGUUAUGACGUCACAUGAAGUAGAACUUGAUGGACGUACAUACACUGUGAAGCCAAUUCGGAAUCUGAAUGGACACUCGAUUGGAAAUUACCGGAUUCAUGCUGGAAAAACAGUGCCGAUUGUGAAGGGUGGUUGA